GAAGGGGACGAAGACAACGAGCGACGGGGCGGAGGAGGAGGAGGAGGAGGAAGAGGAGGCCGACCAACAAGAUGGCCCCUGCUGCAGGAGCAGCCUCAGCAGCAGCAGGUGGGAGGCCGGAGGCGGCGCUGGCGGUGGCGGCGGCGGCGGCCGUGGCCCGGCGGCCUGGGACAGAGUCAGAGUCGACGGUGGCGGCGGCGGCGGUGACGGCUGCCGCAGCAGUGGCGACGGCCGCGGGGACUCGGAGCUGAGAGGAGCUGCUGCUCGGACCAGCGCGGUUAUAUUUCACACUAUGUGCUGACUGUAUCUACAGAAGAUAUUUAAAAAAAAAAAAAACUUUUUUCAAAGAUUUUGAUUCCAGUGGAAUCUUUGCUUUAGAUUAUUUUGUGUGUGUGUGUGUGUGUGAAUUGUAACUCCAGUAACAAUGCCUGUACAAGCUCCACAAUGGACGGAUUUCCUCUCCUGCCCGAUUUGCACUCAGACCUUUGAUGAAACAAUUCGAAAGCCCAUCAGUUUGGGUUGUGGCCAUACUGUCUGCAAGAUGUGCCUGAAUAAGCUCCACCGCAAGGCUUGCCCCUUUGACCAGACCACUAUCAACACAGACAUUGAGCUCCUCCCUGUGAACUCAGCUCUGCUGCAGCUAGUGGGUGCUCAGGUCCCGGAGCAGCCCCCCAUUACUUUGUGUAGUGGGGUUGAAGAUACAAAGCAUUAUGAGGAAGCCAAGAAAUGUGUAGAAGAGUUAGCAUUGUACCUGAAACCACUCAGCAGUGCUAGAGGAGUGGGUCUGAAUAGCACUACUCAGAGUGUUCUGAGUCGCCCAAUGCAGAGGAAGCUGGUGACUCUGGUCCACUGCCAACUAGUGGAAGAAGAAGGCAGGAUUCGUGCUAUGAGAGCAGCUCGAUCUUUAGGUGAACGAACAGUUACAGAGCUCAUUCUUCAGCACCAGAAUCCUCAGCAACUCUCCUCUAAUCUUUGGGCAGCAGUCAGGGCUAGGGGCUGCCAGUUCCUUGGACCAGCAAUGCAGGAGGAAGCUUUAAAGCUGGUUCUCCUGGCCUUGGAAGAUGGUUCUGCUUUGUCAAGAAAAGUAUUGGUUCUCUUUGUGGUGCAAAGGUUGGAGCCGCGGUUUCCUCAGGCCUCUAAAACUAGCAUUGGGCAUGUUGUCCAGCUCCUUUAUAGAGCUUCCUGCUUCAAGGUCACCAAACGUGAUGAAGACUCUUCUUUGAUGCAGCUAAAAGAAGAAUUUAGAACCUAUGAAGCUUUGCGGCGAGAACAUGACUCCCAGAUAGUGCAAAUUGCCAUGGAAGCAGGCUUACGAAUUGCACCAGACCAAUGGUCCUCUUUACUUUAUGGAGACCAGUCUCACAAGUCUCAUAUGCAGUCAAUUAUUGACAAGUUGCAGACCCCAGCCUCUUUUGCACAAAGUGUUCAGGAACUAACAAUUGCUCUCCAGCGAACUGGAGAUCCAGCAAAUUUGAACCGACUAAGACCCCAUUUGGAGCUAUUGGCAAACAUUGACCCUAGUCCAGAUGCUCCUCCUCCUACUUGGGAGCAGCUGGAAAAUGGACUGGUUGCUGUGCGGACUGUGGUACAUGGGCUAGUAGACUAUAUCCAGAACCAUAGCAAAAAGGGAGCAGAUCAACAGCAGCCUCCACAGCAUAGCAAAUAUAAAACAUACAUGUGUCGAGAUAUGAAGCAGAGGGGAGGAUGCCCUCGUGGGGCCAGCUGUACGUUUGCACACUCACAGGAGGAACUGGAGAAGUUUCGUAAAAUGAACAAACGCCUAGUUCCCAGAAGACCCCUCAGUGCCUCUUUGGGUCAACUUAAUGAGGUGGGCCUGCCUUCAGCAGCUGUCCUUCCAGAUGAAGGUGCAGUGGAUCUGCCUAGCAGAAAAACCCCUGCUCUGCCAAAUGGAAUUGUAUCAGCAGGGAAUACGGUAACACAGCUGAUUCCCCGAGGGACAGACGCCACCUACGAUUCUAGCCUCAAGCCAGGAAAGAUAGAUCAUCUGAGCAGUAGUGCCCCUGGAUCCCCUCCUGACCUGCUAGAAUCUGUCCCUAAGAGUAUUUCUGCCUUACCUGUGAAUCCACAUCCUGUACCUCCAAGGGGGCCAACAGAUUUGCCUCCUAUGCCUGUCACCAAACCACUUCAGAUGGUACCACGAGGUUCUCAGUUAUACCCAGCACAACAGGCAGAUGUUUAUUAUCAGGAUCCUCGAGGAGCUGCGCCACCAUUUGAACCAGCACCUUAUCAGCAGGGUAUGUACUAUACUACACCACCACAGUGUGUAUCUCGCUUUGUCAGACCUCCACCGUCUGCUCCUGAACCUGGUCCUCCCUACUUGGAUCAUUAUCCACCCUAUCUCCAAGAUCGUGUAGUAAACUCUCAGUAUGGCACACAGCCACAACAAUACCCACCUAUGUACCCACCACACUAUGAUGGCCGCCGAGUAUACCCUGCUCAGUCUUACACAAGAGAGGAGAUUUUCCGAGAAAGUCCUAUACCCAUUGAGAUUCCACCUGCAGCAGUACCAUCCUAUGUACCAGAAUCCAGAGAAAGAUACCAACAGAUGGAGGGUUACUAUCCAGUGGCUCCUCAUCCAACUCAGAUCAGACCUUCGUACAUGAGAGACCCUCCGUAUAGCCGGCUUCCUCCUCCUCCUCAGCCCCAUCCUAGUCUAGAUGAGCUACAUCGCAGACGAAAGGAAAUAAUGGCCCAGCUGGAGGAAAGGAAGGUUAUCUCUCCACCUCCUUUUGCACCUUCACCAACAUUGCCUCCUACCUUUCAUCAAGAGGAAUUUCUGGAUGAAGACUUGAAGGUAGCUGGGAAAUACAAAGGAAAUGAUUAUAGCCAGUAUUCUCCCUGGUCAUGCGACACCAUCGGCUCCUACAUUGGAACCAAAGAUGCAAAACCCAAAGAUGUGGUGGCAGCAGGGAGUGUGGAAAUGAUGAAUGUGGAGAGUAAAGGAAUGAGAGAUCAACGACUGGAUCUUCAGAGAAGAGCUGCAGAAACCAGUGAUGAUGACCUUAUCCCAUUUGGAGACCGACCAACUGUAUCGCGGUUUGGUGCCAUCUCUCGAACCUCCAAAACAAUAUAUCAGGGUGGUGGUCCAAUGCAGGCUAUGGCACCUCAGGGAGCUCCCACAAAACCUAUUAAUAUUUCAGAUUAUAGUCCAUAUGGAACCCACGGUGGCUGGGGAGGAUCUCCAUAUUCACCUCAUCAAAACAUACCUUCUCAGGGACACUUCAGUGAGAGGGAGAGACUGUCCAUGUCAGAAGUGGCCAGUCAUGGAAAACCCCUUCCGUCUGCUGAGAGGGAACAGCUACGACUGGAAUUGCAACAACUAAACCAUCAAAUCAGCCAACAGACUCAGCUCCGUGGACUAGAGGCUGUUAGUAACAGGCUGGUGUUGCAGAGGGAGGUGAACACCCUGGCAGGCCAGUCACAGCCCCCACCACCACCUCCAAAAUGGCCUGGAAUGAUUUCAAGUGAGCAGUUGAGCUUGGAACUGCACCAGGUGGAAAGGGAAAUCGGGAAGAGAACCCGGGAACUGAGUAUGGAGAACCAGUGUUCUCUGGACAUGAAAAGCAAAUUGAAUACAAGCAAGCAAGCCGAAAACGGACAACCAGAACCACAAAAUAAGGUUCCAGCUGAGGACCUUACAUUGACAUUUAGUGAUGUACCAAAUGGCUCAGCGUUGACACAAGAGAAUAUCAGCCUCCUGUCAAACAAGACCAGCUCUCUGAACCUGUCAGAGGACCCCGAGGGAGGAGGUGACAACAAUGACUCCCAGAGAGCGGGAGUCACACCCACUUCUGCUCCCUAAAUUAUGAAGAGUCCAACUUUUAUCUUUUGCUCCUGAUCAAUUUGUGGGGCAUAGGGGUAGGAGAACAGAUAACUUCUAAACUUUUUCUCUGAGAGUGGUCAGAGAAAUCCAGGAAAAGUACCGGAGGCAAUGUGCACAAACACCACUACUAAAAACAAACCCUGCACAUAGUUCACAUUAAUGCAUUUUUUAAUUUAAAAAAAAGGAAAAAGAAAAAGAAAAUUAGCAGUAUCUGCAAGCAAUUCAGAUUAAAUUUGUUUUUGUUCUGUGAAUGAACUUUAUUUUAAUAACUUUGGACGCCUUGGAUCCAGGGCUUUAAAAAAAAAAGAAGAUAUUAUAUAUACACUCUGUUUGAUUAAUUGUAUGAUCUUAAUGAAGUAGGUUUUUCUUGUAUUUUGGUAUUAUUACAUACCCAGUGUAUAAUUCCUUUCCCCCAAUCCUUGCCAACUUUCGCAAACCCCAUAAAUUAAAACAGACAGAAAGCACCGGACUGUCUUGAGAAUUCUGUGGUGCUUGAGAAACAAAGACAGUACUAGACUAGUUAUUAGAAAAUGUGCAGCACACCAACUUUUCUAAGAGCUAUUACUUAAAAGUCAUAAUUUUCUUUCCCUUUCUGGUAACUGGCUUCAUGUGUAUGUUUUUCAUAUGGCACUAAAACUUCUUAUUGUUCAGGAGGGAUUUGUUUCUUGUUUUUGUUUUUAUUUCAGCUAUUUCAGAGAGAUAAUUACCAGUUAAUUUUUUGAAGUCCUCAUUUCCGUAUUACGGAUCUAUUUCAUUCUCUUAAUGUAAUCAGAAAGCCAGACCAAUACUGUAGGCUGUUUGAUUAGAUUUAAUGGCGAUUAUUUUAAGAAUGAACUGUGAUUUAUUAGUACUGAAAAUACAUGGUUGGUAUAUUACCUGUACUGAGCUGAUGGUUGGAAAUUUGGAGCUGUGCUUUUUCAAAUUAAACUUUGGCUAAAAUCAUAAAAUGUAUUAAAAAAAACCCAGGAAAAUCAACCAUGUUUUAAAACUGCAACACUUGACUUGAAGUGAAAAUGAACAGUCAUAUUAUUUCAGUGGAUGUUUUGUUUUGUUUUACUGUCAAAACCCAAAAGUAUAAAAUAAAAUGAAAGCCCCUGGCUUUCAAAUAGAUUUGGCAAAUACAGACUGCCCAGAUCUUAAGGAUAGUUUAUGAAUUGUAGUUUAUGAAUUGACUAGUUGUUCAGAAUCAUUGGCACCAGUAGGUAGUAAGUACCUAAAAGUCAGUUUUCAUAGACUUGACUUUACAAUAGUGAAGAGAUUCUUCAUGAAAAUGUUGAAAAGAAUAAGGAAGAAUUUUUUUUAAUUUAGUUCUGCUGCACAUAUUCUGAUGCCAUGUGUCUAUACUGAACUAAGACCUUAUAAAACGUUUUUAGUGGGGAUUAUUUGAUAUAGUCACCUUCCCAUCCCUCUGUUUGCCUGAUUUUUAAGAAAUUUCCCUUUCUGGAUUAUACUACUAAAACAGAAAGCACUGGUUAUGUAAUAAGUUACUGCAUUGCUUUGGUUGGGUAAAAGCAAGAGUUUGUAUUUUUCUUGUUUCUUAUUUUCUUAACCCUUAACUCCUGCUGAGGUCAUAACAACCUCAGUGUAAGCUCUGUGUCCAUCAUACUGUUAACUGAAACAAAUGGGGGGAGGGGGGAGGGAAAUACAGUCCUGCCAUUGCCUACCAGUAGGAGAGUCCAAACAGAACACUCUUUUGAGUAGCGAUUAUUUAAUUUGCCCAGUCAAGGCACCGUGUUUAUAUACUAUUUCACAUUGAAUUUGAUUAUGCCCUACAGACCUGGCUGGUCAAGGAUUUGAUAUACACAUAUUGGCUUGGGAUUCGAGCUUUCUUUUUUAUUUAAAUAAAAAUUUAUAUAUAUUAUAUAUAUAUACAUAUAUACAUAGCUAUAUCUGUAUAUAUAUUGGGUAUGUUUUAAGGAUUUUUUCGCAUGAGCGCAGCUGUUGCGAUAAAAUGACUGAUUGGGAGGUAGAAGCACUGAAUGGAAGAUGAGGCAUUUUUUCAGUUGAUACCAUAUUUUCCUUUCCUAAAAAUACACACUUGCUUUUUUUGCUUUUUUGUUUGUUUUCUUUUUUGCUUAAAACCCUCUUAUAUGUAAGUGCUUAUUGUUUUUUGGGAGAAGGAGAGAAACUUUGUAUGUCUGACAGAGUCCCAAGAUUUUUUAUUUUUUUGUAUAACUAUAAAAGGCAACAUUCUUGGCCUCCAACUUUCUGUAGGCAGAUUUGGGCAGAUCUUAUUUCUCCUUUGGACAUACUAGAUAACUCCUAAAUUUUAGAAGCAGUUGGUUCAAUUUGGAACUCAGAAUGAUUCUGGUAUUAGAAGGGAAUUUAUGGGUAUUAAUUUUGUUGAAGUUCAGAAUAAAAGUAAAAUUCUAUUUUGGAUAUCCAUUGAAACAUCUAAUAAGUCAACUUCUGUUAUUCUUGUUUAUAUAUCCUCCAAAUACACUCCUUGCUUUCACCAUUUUGAUUUUGUAAGCUAGGCAGGAAUAGAUGUUAACUUAUAUAGUAUUCCUAUUCUGAAUAAAACCAGAAAAGCCACUGUUUUGAAUUGACUUAAAAUAAUCCUUUUCACUUUUUAAGUUAAUUUCAUUGGGGGUGGGGGUAGGGACAGAUCUCUUAAAUUGUAGCCUUAAUUCUAGCUGUACUUCAGUGAGGCCCCACAUACUCUAAAGGAAAUCUGGUUGGGUAGAAAGGCAGAAGAAUGAUAUCCUAUCCCAUUGUGCCUAUAACUUACCUAUUUUAAAUUAGUCAUUCUGCCUUAUCUCAUGGAAAUUCUUACAACUUUCCUAGUAGUCAGAAGCAGUUUUAGGAAUUAAAUAAAAACUCCAAAGUUUGGAUUUUUUUUCCCCCCUUUUCUCUGAUACACUUUGUGAAAUGAUGAACCUAUAAGGGUAAGUGGCCUUUUUGGGCAAAACUGCUUGACUCCUUUUUUUUUUAACUGCUUGACUAUUCAGCUGCUUUUUUUUUUUGUCAAAACCUGUGAAAGGCAUUGAUUUUUUUUUUUGGCUUUUAAAAUGUAUGCCUUUAGAGACAGUUAAGAGAUUAAAUCAUUCAGAUAGGAAAUACAGUUUUUAUGCUUUCUACUUAGUAAGUAAAAUAUUAAUUUCUUCUGGAGAUGACUUUAUUUGCUUUUCACUGAAUUCAGAAGCAAGACUGACAUCACAGAUGAACAUGAGCAAUUCUGAGAGGGUUAAGGUAGGAGUAUAAUAAGCAUUGUGUUCACUCUUGUUUAGAUAACAAAACCAGAAUCUUAUUAUAGUUAGGAAUAUAAAAGUACUUUGACUUAUUUUUUUCCAAGGUAUCUCUGGAAAAGAGUAGAAGAACUGAAAAUAAGAUAUCUACACGCAGUUUCCUAACAUACAUAGUUCUUUUGCCUUAUAGAUACUGUCACAAGAUAAGUCCAAUAGCUGUCCUGUCUUGGGUGAUUUACAGAAGCUAAAGUGACCAAAGAUCCAUUCCUUUUUACUUUUGUAAUCAAAAGAACAGUUAGUUAUAACAUAGGUUUCUAGUAAUAGUAUUCACAUGAUAAGACACUUAUUUCUAAUGCCAGCUACAGAUACCCAAAUACUCAGAAUGCAUAAAAAAUUAUUUGGCAUUAAUGUGGCUGAUUCCCUUCUCUCAGCUUAUUUCCCUUCCCUUCUCCUAGACUUUCCCGUGUAUUCUUUUGCCUAAAAGACAUAAAGUUGGUAUGAUUCUUAUUUGCUACCAUGAAUAUGUAACUCCAUCAUACUUUCCAUAGGUCUUCAGGGUUAGAACUCAAAGUUUUUUUUCCUGGCCCUUUUCUAUCUUGCAAAUUCCCCUUGACUUACCCACUGCCCUCCCCAAUCUGCAACAGUGACAGUUUGCUGCCUCAAAACAGAGCAUUCAAAUGAAUUCGCUUAGCCAAUAACUUCUGUGAAGUUGCCUUUUCUAAUGGUGUUAUUACUCAGUGAUGCACAAAUGUGGUAUUUGCCCUACUGGUAGGCAAACAAAGGUCUGGUUAAGAAUGGUAACCUGCUGUUUUCUUUAAAGGAGAGCCAAAGACUUGUGCUUUACUCUGUUUUGGUUUUGGGGGAAAUAGCCAUUUUGAUUGUGAAACCUUUUAGUAUUUGUGAGUUGAUUGUAUUGUGUAAGUAGAUUUAUCUGAAGUUAACUGUUAACAGUAGCUGGCCUUAUAAAAUGUAAAAGUAAUGAAAAUUCACCAGUUUCUCUAAACCAGUGAAUGUCAUCUUUUACAAUAUUGUGUGUAAGCAGUACCCCCGUUUUUUGAGAUUAUCUUGUCAAUGAUAGCAUCUUGUGUGUUUUGGUUUUUAACUUGUGCUGAAGGACAAUCUAUAUCACUAUGGUCAAGCUAUGAGACCGGGUAAAAGAAUUCAUUACCAUGUGACUGGUGAGAAAUAAACUAUAGUCACUGCAUGUAAGAUUAUAUUCAGAUUUGGAGAAAAACAGAUUCUUUUCACUAAAAAGUAUUUGAUUGCUUUUAAAUACACAUGGUGAUGGGUGGAGGUCUUACCAUCUUUUUUCCACUUCGUUUUUGCUCAUUUUAAAGAACUGAGUAAAGGUUUCGUAAUAUAAAAUCUACCUGUAAAAAGCACCUGUAAUGAUAGUUAUUUUAUUAAAAGGAAAGACCCAGUUACUUUUUAGGAAAAAUUAAUAACCUGCCUGGAAAUUAACUGCAGCAUUUACUUAGAUUUGUCCCCUAUAGGAGCCUGAUUGUAUUUAUUUUUUAGUUGGUGAUACCUGGUGAUAGUGUUGCAAGAUGAUCUCUUCCCUGAAAAAUCAGCCUGUCCUUUUAGAAAAAAAAUAGAGCAACUAAACUAAAGCAGAUUUCACUUUCAACAUUAGGGACUGAACAAGCAAACAGUUUACUGCUGUCAUCAUUUUACUCAUUUUGCUGGUCCUCAUUCAUACCUUUCUACCUUGGACAGCUAUGACUUUUGUAUUUAUUUGUUGCUUCAGCUCAGCUUUAUGAAAUUUUCCUGCUGAAAGGACUUAUUGGGAGUUGUAGGUGGAUUGCAGUUAAUAUUUUAUUAAAUUCUUAAUUUAACUUUUCUGAGCCAUUUGAAAAAGAAAGCUGUUUUUGUCAAAAGGUACUGUUAAUUACAGUAAAUACCAACUUAAGAUUAGGUUUUUAAGGUUUGAUUGCUUUGACUGCUAAAGAUGUUUUCAUAUAUAACAGAUUCUAAUUGAAAAGUAAUACUAGCUAUGAUGUUAAUAAAUAAUAGGACACUGCCACCACCAGGAAAAAGUAACACCUUUUAAUAGUAAAUGUGUUCCCAAUAGGUGGGUUUUCAAUACUGCACUGAACAAAGUGGGAAGAGUCCUUUGAAAUCCUAUUGUGAUAAAGGGACUUAACCUCACCACUGGAAUCCUUGUUUUCAGAGCCUCUGAAUUUUCAGCCAAACACUGAAUUUACUUUAAAUUUUAUUCCUGAACAAAACAUCCCUAGAGUAAUAACCUUUAUUUUCACAAGAAAAUAAGGCACAAUAACCCAAGAGAGAGAAGUUAAACCUCAAGAUAAUAUUGUGUCCAAAAGUGUGUAUUUAGGAAAGUUAAAUCCUGUGGAAUUAGUAUAUUAUAUACUAGAUAAGGUGACUUAUUUUCUUGUACUGAGGUCUCUCUGUUUCUGGUUGUUUUUGUUUUGUUUUGUUUUGUUUUGUUGUUUUUAACUCUUGAGUAGACAGAGCUCACAAGUCUUUGGCAUCCAUUUUAGGUUGUACACUCAGAGUCAUCUUAUAACUGGAAACUGUCAGACAGCCCUUACCCCCCACCCCAGCCAGUGCUUUAAAAGGGUCAAGAAAAGGAUGGAAAGAAACUACUGGAUAAUUGGUUGCCUGGUUGUUGUUGGGUUUUGGUUUGGGGGUGUGUGUGUGGGGGGGGGGUUGCCUGGUUGUUUUUUUUUAAAUCACCAUUUAUAGUGUAAUCAUUGAUUGGCUGCCAUUCUUAAAAUAAUAUCUAAACAACCCUGUAAAAUAUUCCUCUGAUUUAAAGGUAUUUUAAGCUUUUGUUUAUCAUUUUUACAUCCUCUGUUCAACGAAGGCACUGUCCUGAGAGCUACUUUUUCCAGGUGUAUUGUUGCCCACAUUUUCAUUAACCACACCCCACAUUCCAACCCCCUUCAUCCUUUCUCUUCUCACCUUCUGGAAAUGAAAGGAACUUGGGGGGAAUUUUUUUUUUUCCAUUUUAUUCACUGAUCCAGAGGCCUUGUUGUCUUACUUUAUGAUGAUACUACAACUUUUUGGAACAAGAGCAAUGGAAAAAGUGAAUUAAGAUGAUGAACAAAAUCUUUUACCCACUGAAGCAUUUUCCAGUUGUGAGAUUCCUCUUUGUGUGUGGUCUCUUCCCUUAUUACCCCUGCUACCCUUUUCCCCUGACCUUGGUCAAUUUGGUCUUUAGGCUCAUACCAGUCUCCCCGAGACAUUCUGCAGUCAUUAUCACCUUUUUGGGUGGAUUUUAUUUUGUUUUAUUUUGGGUUUUUUUGUUUUUUGUUUUUUUUAAAAAAAAAAACUUUUUAACAUUGAUGCAUAUUUGCUUGGGAUAGAGCUUGUGUAAUUUACCAAUCGUAUUGAUUGUAUGUGAUUGUGCCCUGCAGAGGUAUAUUUAACAAGACAAAAAUAAUUUAGGUUAAUAAAGGAGCCUAUGAGAUUUGAGUCAGGUUAUAAAUUCAUGAAAUCACUUAGUUUUGGAUAGUGAGAAUUUAUAUCUCCUAUUCUUAUAAAUCAGUGCUAGGCAAAAUACCAUUUUUAAGAAGUUCUCUUGCAUUCCUAUUUUUUUCCUUGCCUCAGCUCCCUGUUUUUUCUUAAGCCUGUCUCCACCCACCUGUUCAGAAAUAAAAAUAUUGAGUCUUAAAGUGACAGCUGAUUUUUAAAUUGCUAAAGUUUGUGAAAUUAUACUUUUUCCAAGUGUUUUCAACUUUUUUUUUUUAAAUGAAGACAAAUGGUUGAAAUUUCACAAGCUGUGAAUAAUUCUUUAGAUUCUGGCCAACUGUGAAAUCUUAUUUGAAGACUUUAUCUCUUGAAAGUUCUUUUGGAAUAGGAAAAAGAACCCUGUUUGAAAUGGACCAUUUUCUUCUCUUUUUAAUGUGUUUAUAUAUCCAAUUUUUAAACAGCCUUCAAAACAAGCGAGGUGGAAAUAAAGAGUAAUAGGAAGAUGUUUAGGGCAGCAGAAUUCUGGGUCUGAAUAAGUACAUGUUAUACUUGUCAGGUUUUUAAAAGGAUUAACCCCAUCCUUUUCAAUUUUGUAUUAUUUGUGUGCAUGUUGUUUAUAUCAAAGAUUCCACAUUUUGUUAAAAUCCUAUUUCCUUUCUUUAUUACCUUGGAAACUGACUCAGCCUCAUGUUGCUCCUAACUAGUGUUUAAAGCUCCCAAGAGUUGCAGAUAAAAGGGUUAUUUUAACAAGUAGAAGGAGGUGAUUCACCUUUCGGUUUGUAAAUAUCUGGUCUUUAUCUGCUUUCUGUCAGCAUUUAUAUUAAAUGAUAAAUUAAUGAGGAGAAA